GCAGUCGCACUUGGCUGCAUCGCAACCCGCAGCAGUUCAACACUUACACAGCCAUACACAUCACCUGUAGAUCGACCGGUGUCUUACGCGACGAUGGAGUACCAGGGGCAGACCGGCCACGCCACCGACAAGGUGGAGGAGUACGGCCAGCCCGUGGCCGACCACGGCGGCGCCACCGGCGGGCCCACGGGGACGCACGGCGCCGCCGCCGCCGCGGGUGCCGGGCAGCUCCAGCCGACCAGGGACGACCACAAGACCGACGGCGUCCUGCACCGCUCCGGCAGCUCCAGCUCCAGCUCGUCUGAGGACGACGGCGCUGGCGGGAGGAGGAAGAAAGGGAUGAAGGAGAAGAUCAAGGAGAAGCUCCCCGGCAGAGCCCACAAGGACGCCACCGGGCAGCAGCACACGCCGGCGGCCGGCGAGUACGCCGGCACCGGCACCGGCACGCACGGCGCGGAGGCCACCGGCGAGAAGAAGGGUGUCAUGGAGAAGAUCAAGGAGAAGCUUCCCGGCGGACAGCACUGUUCACGGGAUCUUGUGAUGUCAUUGCCCGUGGCGAUCACGUCAGGUAGUCAUGCCCUUCGAGAAUGUCCGAAGACGUACGUGGCGCCGCAGACGACUCCGCGUGGCAUGCAGCCGCACCUUUUACUCUCGCCGGCUUUGUUUAUUGGCCGAAGGAUAGCCGCUCCACUAUACAUGCACGCACACGUCCUUCCACCUGCUCGAACACCUACGACCAUUAUAAACAGACCAUCCGGACAGCUUUGCACUUAUCUCCAUCGCAGUUCGCAACAGUUCAACACACUUACACAACCACACGUAUCACCUCUAGAUCGAUCACAUUUCGUAGUCCGUACCACGUCCGACGAUAUGGAGUACCAGGGGCAGCACGGCCACGCCACCGACAAGGUGGAGGAGUACGGCCAGCCCGUGGCCGGGCACGGCGGCGCCACCGGCGGCCCCACGGGGACGCACGGCGCUGCCGGAGCCGGAGGCGCGCAGCUCCAGGCGACGCGGGACGAGCACAAGACCGACGGCGUUCUGCGCCGCUCCGGCAGCUCCAGCUCCAGCAGCUCGUCUGAGGACGACGGCGUGGGCGGGAGGAGGAAGAAGGGGAUGAAGGAGAAGAUCAAGGAGAAGCUCCCCGGCGGAGCCCACAAGGACGCCACCGCCGGGCAGCAGCACACGGCGGUGGCGGGCGAGUACGCGGGCACGCACGGCACCGAGGCCACCGGCGAGAAGAAGGGCGUCAUGGACAAGAUCAAGGAGAAGCUUCCCGGCGGACAACACUGAGCCAGCUAUGCAUGCGUGUCUCUAUGUUCCGUCAAAGCUCGGCUAGCAUUUGCAGCCAUGCUUUACUACGGAUAAUAAAUAAUAAGUACAAUGGACUCCGAUGUACGUUGUGUGCACGACCGCGUCCGUGUGACGCAUUUGUGUAUUCGUAUACGGUAUGAUGUGUGUACAUACAUCGUAAUAGAAAAACGUUUGUGUUGUUGUGUUUUUGUGGUAA